AUGGACAUCCCUCGCAAGGUCACAGUCAACGAUGACGGUCGAGUCGACAUCACAUUCCGCAAACCCUGGCUGCAAACCGUCUUAGAUGUGCGCCAGCCAUCGCCUUGUGCUGCUCCCUGCAUCCAGGACAUCCCUCAUUUGAACCUCGUCCUGCAAGUUGUCGGUUCACGCGGCGAUGUGCAGCCCUUCAUUGCUCUGGGGCUACAGCUGCAAAAAUGCGGUCAUCGCGUGCGACUGGCCACCCACGGGGCCUUUCGAGAGCCCAUUCUCAGCGAAGGACUCGAGUUCUUCGAUAUCGGUGGCGAUCCAGCCGAAUUGAUGGCCUUUAUGGUGAAGAACCCCAGCCUUCUGCCCGGUCUGAACACCAUCCGCAGCGGCGCCAUCAGGAAACGUCGGCGUGACAUGAAUAACAUCUUCUCUGGCUGCUGGCGCUCGUGUUUCGAGACGGGCGAUGGCACUGGACUGCAUCAUGUCCCCGAUGAUCCAUGGAGUCCUAUGCCAGACGGCCAGCAUCGCCCGUUCGUCGCCGACGCCAUCAUCGCCAAUCCACCUAGUUUUGCGCAUCUUAGCUGCGCAGAGCGACUGGGCAUCCCGUUGAACGUCAUGUUCACCAUGCCCUGGUCUGCCACUCAGUCGUUUCCCCAUCCGCUGGCCAAUUUGCAGUCCUCAUCUUCUACCAAGCCCUCUGCCGCCAACUUUGCCUCCUAUGCCAUCGUCGAGAUCCUGAUCUGGGAGGGUCUGGGCGAUCUGAUCAACCGAUUCCGCAAACGCCAGCUGGGACUGGAUCCUCUCGAUGCCCUACGCGCCCCCAGCAUCGCUCCGCGACUGCGCAUCCCCUACACCUACCUCUGGUCACCCUCGUUGCUGCCCAAACCCCCCGACUGGGCUGAUCACCUCGACGUCUGCGGCUUCAGUAUCCUGCCGCUCGCCUCAGACUACGAACCCCCAGACGACCUGGCUGCAUUCCUGCGCGCCGGGCCUCCCCCCCCGUACCAUCCGUCGCGACUAACACGCAUCGUCUUUGACGCCAUUCGUCAGACCGGCCAACGCGCUCUUGUCUCGCAGGGAUGGGGAAACCUCGGUGCCGACAUAUCCCCGGAUGACGACAACAUACUCCUCCUCGACAAAGUGCCUCAUGACUGGCUCUUCCGGCACGUCUCGUGCGUCGUCCACCACGGCGGUGCAGGCACCACCGCCGCGGGUCUUCUCCUGGGUCGUCCCACCGUUAUCGUUCCUUUCUUCGGCGACCAGCCCUUCUGGGGCUCUAUCGUGGCGCGCGCCGGCGCCGGCCCAGCCCCGGUGCCAUAUAAACAGCUGACGGCGAAGAAACUGGCAGACGCUAUCCGCGAUGCAUUACGCGACGAAACGCGUCAGAAGGCAGAAUCCCUCGGUCAGUCUAUGAGACAGGAGGACGGCGUGCGAGACGCCGUGAAGAGCUUCCAUUCUCAUCUAGAUAUCAGUCGACUGCGUUGCGCUGUGUGUCCGGAGAGACCGGCUGUCUGGCGCAUUCGACGGUCGAAAAUCAGACUGAGUGCGUUUGCAGCGUCGGUGUUAGUCGAGACGGGAGUGGUUCAGCCUAGGGAUUUGGUUUUAUACCGCCCAAAAGAAUACGACACAAAUAGAAACCCCGUCGGUCCAUUUACCGCCGGUGCGGAGAUUCUCUACGGCGUCGUCACAGACUUUCUCUCGGGCAUCGCAGGUCUACCCAACGAUAUCGGAGACAUGGUUACUCGUCAUCAUAAUCAUUCCCAUCUGGACCUCCCGAGCUGCAAGAACGUCUCGGAAAGGCAGGCCGCGCGCAGCUCGGAAUCCACUACCGCAUACGACACGGCCGAAUCAUCUCCGGAUGUGACAACCAGCACUGGCAUAAACACAGAAGACAAAGAGGAGGAUAGCAGCGGCACGGCCAUGGAACGCGAAAGCACCACAACUCAAAACGAAAAGACCUCUAUGCAGCAUAUUCUCUUCGAAACUAGAUAUCAUACCGGAUACGCGGUGAAGUAUCUUCUCAACGUGGGGAUUCGUAUCCCGCACGAUGUGACUCUCAGUCUGAGCAAGGGGUUUCAUAACGCCCCGAAAUUGUAUCAUGAUCAGACGGUUCAGGAGAUCCCUAGCGUGCUGGGGAUGAGGAGUGGACUGAGAGCUGCGGGGAAGGAAUUCACAUCGGGUUUUUAUCACGGUAUCACCGGGUUAAUCACCCACCCUGCGCAGGGUCUCCAGAGAGGGCUAGGAGGAUUCGUCAAGGGUGUGGGUAAGGGGAUGGGGGGGGUGAUAUUGAAACCUGCAGCUGGAAUCUGGGGAUUGGCGGGAUAUCCUCUCGACGGACUGCAUAAAAGUCUCCGGAGGUCGCUCUCCAGGACUAAAACUAAGGAUAUUCUCAGAUCAAGGAUCGAGCAGGGUCAUCAGGAGAUGUGUCUUGCUUCGACGGAGGAGAGGGCUAACGUUAUUCGCAGGUGGGAGGAGUUGGUUUGA